AACUGUUCUAGAAAAAAACAGAGGUCUCCACAUCAUUAAUAAAUUAUAAUACAUUUUUGAUUAGAAGAAAUUCUUUUUGAAAUUGAAAAUUAAUGGAUCAAUACCGUUGUGAAUUUUGCGACAAUAUAGUGACAUGCGGUGAGACACACCCUUGCAACUUUCAUACAUUCGACUAUACGUAUUCACACUCACAGUCUUUUUCAGAGAAUACCUUUUACAGUGCACAACUAUGGACACCUUGCGAUCUUCCAUCUUUGGAUGCCAUUUCAGAUAUUCGGGAAAUUUACGCUCAAACGAAAGAAAACGCAUCUUUUAUGGCUUCUUCACAAAAUGCUGAAUAUUGUUUCAGACCAGAAAAUGAGUUUCCUGAAGCGUAUAACCUUUCACCAGCUGUCAGAGAAUCAACUGAUGUGGACGAGGCAAGGCAAAGAAUAUCAGGUGUAUCCGAUCUGAUAUAUGCGACAGGUAGUGAAAAAGAUGAGAUGUCACGUCAAGAGAACAAAUGGCUGUCUCUGAAUAACGAUAACAAAUAUUUUGCGGAUUCUCUAGAAUGUGCUAUCAGAAGAGGGCAUUCAGAUAGUAGCAGUAUCUCAGAACCGAGAAAACUAAUUGUGAAUCCUGAUUUCCUACUAGGAAGUAAUGAACCAGAAAAGGGCAAGAUGCACAUCUCGGAGUAUGUAACUGAUGAACUUACUUCACUUGAAAUACACUCAAAUGUUUACAGUAAGAGCGAGAAUAUAACUGUCACCUUGAAGGAGCAUAUUUCUUCUAAAACAUAUAACAAUGCUGUGGCUGGACCUUCAGGGAUGUACCCUCGAAAGAAGAAAUUUCCUUGCACAUUAUGUCCGAAGGAAUUCAAUCAAAAAUGUAAUCUCGACAGUCAUUAUAGAACCCAUACUGGCGAAAAGCCUUUUGUAUGCGAUUUAUGCAGAAAAGCCUUUUCUCAGAAAAGAAAUCGUGACACCCAUUAUCGAACUCACACCGGUGAUAGGCCUUUUGUGUGUGAUUUCUGUAAAAGAGCUUUUGCUUGUAAAAGUAAUCUGACAAAACAUGUCAGGACUCACACAGGAGAAACGCCUUAUAAAUGUCCAAUUUGUGGGAAGACAUUCUCGGAUAGUAGUAGUUUCAAUAGGCAUGUCAAGAGAAAGCAUAAAUUGACAUUCGGUGGGAAUCACAUUUGCAACUUUCAUACAUUCGACUAUACGUAUUCACACUCACAGACGUUUUCAGAGAAUAGCUCCAACAGCGCACAACUAUGGACACCUUGUGAACUUUCAUAUUUGGAUGCCAUUUCAGAUAUUCGGGAAAUUAACGUUCAAACCAAAGAAAGUGCACCUUUUACGGCUUCUUCAGAAAAUGCCGAAUCUUGUUACAGACCUGAAAAUGAUUUUGGCGAAGCUUAUAACAUUUUAGCAACUGCCAUGGAAUCAACAGCUUUUGACGAGGAAAAGCAAAGAGAAUCAGGUGUAUCCGAUUUGAUUCAUUCAUCCGGUCGCGAAGAAGAUGAGAUGUCACGUCAAGAGAGCAAAUGGCUGUCUCUGAAUAACGAUAACCUAUAUUUUAAGGAUUAUCCAGAAUGUGCUAUCAGAACAGGGCAUUCAGAUAAUUGCAAUAUCUCUGGACUGAUAAAUCUAGUUUUGAAUCCUGAUUUCCUAUCAGGAAGUAAUGAGCCAGAAAAGGGCACGAGACAUGUUUCGGAGUUUGCAAUUGAUGAUCAUACUUCACUUGAAAUACACUCUAAAUUUUACUGUAAGAUCGAGAAUACGGCGACCAUCGUAAAGGAACAUAUUUCUUCUAAAACAGAUAACAAUGCUGUGGCUGGACCCUCAGGAAUGUGCCCUCGGAAGAAGACAUUUCAUUGUAAAUUACGUCCGAAGGAAUUCAAUAAAAAACAAUAUCUGGACAAUCAUUAUCAAACCCAUACUGGCGAAAAGCCUUUUGUAUGUGAAUUAUGCGGAAAAGAAUUUUCUCGGAAAGGAAGUCGUGACAGACAUUAUCGUACUCACAAUGGCGAAAAGCCUUUUGUAUGUGAUUUAUGCGGAAAAGAAUUUUCUGAGAAAGGAAGUCGCGACCGACAUUAUCGAACACACACCGGUGAUAGACCUUUCGUGUGCGACUUCUGCAAUAAAGGUUUUGUUCAAAAGUAUGAUCUUAAAACACAUAUUCGGACCCAUACUGGUGAAAAACCUUAUAAAUGUCCAACUUGUGGAAAGGCGUUCUCCCGUGAAUCAAAUCUCACCCGACAUUAUAGAACCCACACAGGCGAAAGACCUUUCGUGUGCGACUUCUGUGAAAAAGGUUUUGCUGAUAAAGAUAAUCUCAAGAAACAUGUUAGGACUCACACUGGAGAAAAGCCUUUUGUAUGUGAAGUUUGUAAUAAAGCCUUCGCUGAAAAGGGUACUCUUAAAGCACAUGCUCGUACCCAUACUGGAGAAAAGCCUUACAAGUGUCCAAUUUGUGGAAAAGCUUUCACGAAAAGCAGCAGUUGUAAUAGGCAUCAGAGGAGCGCGCAUAAGUGAAAUCAACUUGUAAUCUACCAUAAUUCUUUUAAUCUUGUAUGAAACUAUUUUACAUUCUUAAUCGAAUUGAA